AUGCAGGGCCCCGGCGCGCCGCUGCUCCUGAGCGCGGGGGAGCUGGGGGUCGCACAUCAGGGUGCCGCCGCCUGGUACCGUCAAGAGGGCGGCCGCACCAGUUCCCCAGCCCCAUGGCCCUGGGCGUGCCACUCCGAGUUCCCGCCUGCCGACCCGCUGCCUUGGCCGGGGCCCGCCUCUGCCUGUCCCGAGGGGGUUCGCGCAGGAGGUAAACGCCGGGCCCGCAGCCUAGCCUCUGCCCGCCGCCUAGGCCACGCCUUCGAGUCUCAGGCCCAAGGCACCCACGCCCAGAACGCCGCGGAUCUCUGCCCCCUGGGGUCCCUGCACACCCCGGCUCCAGAUUAUGGCCAGUCGCCGGACGGUUCCCUUGUCCUCUGGCGAGGAUUCUCCAAGUCAUCUCACCACAUGGGCCGGCUCAGAAACGCCAGAAUCCACGUGGAGAGAGCUGUCAAGCAGAAAAAGAUCUUUAUGAUCCAAGGGCGCUACCCAGUGAUACGGUGCCUCUUGCGCCGGAGAGGCUGGGUGGAGAAGAAGAUGGUCCAUCACUCGGGCACCGUUCUGCCACCACCCCAGAAGGAUCUGGAUAGCUCGGUAAUCGGUGACAGUGACGCCACUGAGGAUGAGGAUGAAGAAGAGGACGAGGCAUUCCGGCCACCGCAGCUGUUUGACUUUGAUGAUUUCCUGGAAUUUGAUGACCUAGAUGGGACACAUGCUCUGAUGUCCCGCAUGGUUCGGAAUGAGGUUCCCUAUUUCAUCUGGACCACUCGGCGGGAUGUGCUCGACUGUCGCUUCCUCUCCAAGGAUCAAAUGAUAAACCACUAUGCCCGGGCUGGCUCCUUUACCACAAAGGUGGGUCUAUGUCUCAAUCUCCGGAAUUUGCCGUGGUUUGAUGAGGCUGAUGCUGACUCCUUCUUUCCACGCUGCUACCGCCUGGGGGCUGAGGAUGACAAAAAGGCCUUCAUAGAGGACUUCUGGCUGACAGCUGCCCGCAACGUUCUCAAGCUGGUGGUAAAGUCCGAAUGGAAGUCAUACUCUAUCCAGGCAGAAGAGGAAGAGGCCCCAGGAGACAAGCAGCCCAAGAAACAGGAGAAAAAGCCAGUGAUGGUGUCCCCAGAGUUUGUGGACGAGGCUCUGUGUGCCUGUGAAGAGCACCUUAGCAACCUGGCUCACAUGGACAUCGACAAGGACCUGGGGGCGCCGCUGUACCUCAGCCCUGAGGGCUGGUCCAUCUUCCUCCAGCGCUACUACCAAGUGGUUCACGAGGGGGCAGAACUCAGGCACCUUGACGCUCAGGUCCAGCGCUGUGAGGACAUCCUGCAGCGGCUGCGGGCUGUGGUGCCCCAGAUGGACAUGGAAGGAGAUCGCAACAUCUGGAUCGUGAAGCCGGGAGCCAAGUCCCGAGGACGAGGCAUCAUGUGUAUGGACCACCUGGAGGAGAUGCUGAAGCUGGUAGAUGGCAAUCCCAUGAUGAUGAAGGAUGGCAAGUGGGUGGUACAGAAGUAUAUUGAACGGCCUCUGCUCAUCUUUGGCACCAAAUUUGACCUGAGACAGUGGUUCCUGGUGACCGACUGGAACCCACUUACCGUGUGGUUCUAUCGUGACAGCUACAUCCGCUUCUCCACACAGCCCUUCUCUUUGAAGAACCUUGACAACUCAGUGCACCUGUGCAACAACUCCAUUCAGAAGCACCUGGAGAAUUCAUGCCAUCGGCACCCACUCCUGCCCUCGGACAACAUGUGGUCGAGCCAGAAGUUCCAGGCCCACCUGAAGGAGAUGGGGGCGCCAGACGCUUGGUCCACCGUCAUUGUGCCCGGCAUGAAGGCUGCUGUGAUCCAUGCCCUACAGACCUCCCAGGACACCGUGCAGUGUCGGAAGGCCAGCUUCGAGCUCUACGGUGCUGACUUUGUGUUUGGUGAGGACUUCCAGCCCUGGCUGAUCGAGAUCAAUGCCAGCCCCACCAUGGCCCCCUCCACUGCUGUCACCGCCCGGCUGUGUGCAGGUGUGCAAGCUGACACCCUGCGUGUGGUCAUCGACUGGCGGCUAGACCGCAACUGUGACACAGGAGCCUUUGAGCUCAUCUACAAGCAGCCUGCCGUGGAAGUACCCCAGUAUGUGGGUAUCCGGCUCCUAGUAGAGGGCUACACCAUCAAGAAGCCCCUGGCAAUGUGUCACCGGCGGAUGGGGGUCCGCCCAGCACUCCCUCACCUGCUGACCCAGAGAGGCUCUGGGGAAGGCAAGGACUCGGGGACCCUUACCCACAAGUCAGCUCCUAGGAAAGUUGCUGGGGCCAGGAGCCUGGGGCACACUGAGAAGCCAACCUUCACUGCCACCACCUCGGCCCCCGGAAAGGGGAAGAAAGGCAAGGCGAAAAGUGCCACAGCCGUGGUCUACCCCAACCUCCGGAAGUGGGAGCCCCCCAGCACCAGGAUGGGCUGCAUUUUCACCAUGACCUUUGCUAGUGGGGACAGGCAACCCCACCCCUUGAACAGAUUGCCAUUGAGUCCGAAGAACCCCCAGGCCCUGGCCCCUUCCCACUUCCCCAGCGUCCACACCAAGGCCCGGCUGCCUUCUCCCCAUGUUCUCCGAUCCCAGGGGCGGGUCCUCAGACUGCAACACAGCAAGCUGGUGGGCUCUCAGGCCCUGUCGACCACAGGCAAGGCCUUGAUGACUCUACCUACUGCCAAGGUUUUGAUUUCCUUUCCACCUAACUCUGAACUCAAGCUGGCAUCCAGCGUCCUGAAACCAAGAAAGGCUGUUGCUUCCCAGCGCCUUCGUGGUCCCCAUCCUGGAAGUACCUUGUGGCCUCUACCUUUCGAAGUUGGAAAUCUUCCUAGCACCCACAGGAAGAUCAAAGCCAAAGGCAAGUUCAAGACCAGACUCUGUGACAAACCCAAGGCUGAGGCAUGCCUCAUGAAAACACUGAGCCUUCCAGGACCCCUGCCCUUUAUCAAAGCAUACCAGGAACUAGGGGGCAUGGGGGACGUGAGGCCAGAGAAGCCCUUGCUUUGGUCCUCACUGCCCCUGUCCUGGAUGCAGCGCCAAAUAAAAAGGAGCAAGUGAAGUUUCCUGGGCUUGGCUCCGUUUCUGUUGGAUGGUGAAGAGAGAGUAGGCUGAGGCCCUGUGCCCCAACAUCCAGAGUGAGAGCUAGAGGCUGUCAGACACCCUUCCACAAAGCAAAGGGCCAGAAUUCCACCCCAUAGCGACAGGCAUGGGGUUUCCUAUGCAGUGUCUCUCUGACAUCUCUGAUCUUGGAUUGGGGGAUAAGCCUCACUUUGUAGAUGAAGAAACAGGAGUCUGAAGGAGGAGACAUGGCUUGCCCAAGAUCAUGUGGCAUUGAGAAGGCUAGGACGUAUUGCCAGACUGCUCACCACUGGGAGAUCCUCAAGGCCCAAGUCCAGGGGAGAACCUGGCCCAGCAGCAGAGUAACAUCUAACAGGUGUGAGAUUUAUACCACGAGAUGGGGGAAGGAUGGACCUCACCUAAACACCAGCCCUUCUCCAGAGCGAGUUGGUCUGUCCCUUCGUCAGCAAGGGCCCAUGGUCUCCUAGAAAGAAAUAUCUGACCAGCCACACCCAUCUGAAAAAUUUUGGUAUUUCUUAGUUGUAGUAAGUUGAAUGUUAGCCUCCCUUCCCCCAAAAGAUAUAUCUGCCUGGAACCUGUGAAUAAGUUAAUUUGGAAAAAUGGUCUUCAUAGAUGUGAUUAAGUUAAAGAUCUUGAGAUGAGAGUACUCUGGAUUAUCCAGGUGAGCCCUAAAUGCAAUGACAAGUGUCCUUAGAAGACGCAGACAUGAGAAGACCACGUGAAGAUGAGGGCCAACUGAUGAGAUGUGGCCAUAAGUCAAGGCUUGCAGCCACCAGGAGCUGGAAGAGGCAAGGAUUUAUCCCUAGAGACUUCAGAGAGCACAGCCCUGUUGACACCUUCAUCUCAGACUUCUGGCCUCCAGACAGAUCUCUGAAAAAAUCAGUUUCUGUUAUCUUAAGCCACUCAGGUUGUGGUAAUUUUGUUACAGCAGUCCUAGGAAACUAAUACGCUAGUCAAGUGAAGAUACAUACACUCUGCCAGCAUCUCUGAUGUAACUGAACCAGGAAAUGCACACAAACAGCUUCACAUCAGUGUUGUGCUAAGAGCUGAAUGAUGAUGUUAACAGUAGAAUGGAUCAACUGAGAGUCGUGCACUGGAAUUCAAACCCACAGCACACAACACAGAUGCAUUUCACAGUGUGGAACAAGAACAAAUCGCUGAAGAGUAUAUACAUAGGUAGCAUGACUCCAUUUACGGAAACUUUAGAAUUGAGCUAAACAAAAUAUGUUGUUUAGGGAUGUAUAUUUGGUGGAAAAACUUAAGACAAACAAGGAAAGCUCCCAUGUCAGGGGAGGGGCUUCCAACCUAGACUGAACAGUAGAACCCCUUCGGGAGCUUCAAAACAGAUUGAUGCCAGGAUCUCACUGAUUAAAUUGGUAUCUUUAGGGUGCAGAAUCCCAGGGAAGGAAGGGACUUUUUAGAAGUUUCACUGAGGGGGUUCUAAUGUGUGGCCAGGGUUGAGAACUGCUACCCUAACAGGGAAGGAGAGGUAUGUUUCUAUUUCGUGCCAAGUGGUGCUUAUAUGGGAGUCGCCUUAUAAUUAUUCUUUAAAUCACAGAGCUAUUUAUGUACUCUGCAUAUGUUUGAUAUAUUUCACAAUUUUUUCACGUAAAAGGUCUAAGAUCUUGACUUAUAUGAAGUCCCUGGAGUAAUCAGAUUCAUAGACACAGAGGAGAAUGGGGCUACUGGGAGGUGAGAGGAUGGGGUGUCAGUGUUUAAUGGGGCAGAGUUUCAGUUCUGCAGGCUGAUGGGAUGUGACGGUUGCACUACAGUGUGAACAUACUUAAUGCCACUGAACUGCUCACUUAAAAAUGGUUAAGAUGGCUGGGGCACCUGGGUGGGUCAGUGGGUUAA